AUGAACGAAGACUUCUUCAUGAUCUCCCCCACUGACCAGCAAGUCCAUUGCUGGGCCUGGCUGAAGAACCGCUUGCCAGAUGACAGCAACCUGACCCUGGAGGACGUGACCUGGAAGUACACAGCUCUCAAUCUGAUUGGCCCCCGUGCUGUGGACGUGUUGUCUGAGUUGUCCUAUGCCCCCAUGACUGCAGAACACUUUCCCUCUCUCUUUUGCAAGGAGAUGAGCGUGGGCUACGCCAACGGCAUCCGUGUGAUGAGCAUCACUCACACAGGAGAACCUGGAUUCGUGCUUUAUAUCCCCAUAGAGUACGCCCUCCACGUGUACAACGAGGUGAUGAACAUGGGGCAGAAGUACGGGAUCCGCAAUGCCGGUUAUUACGCGCUCCGCAGCCUGCGCAUCGAGAAGUUCUUCGCCUUCUGGGGCCAGGACCUGGAUGCUUUUACCACUCCCAUGGAGUGUGGACGUGAGUUCCAGGUCAAGCUGGAAAAGGGAAUGGAGUUUGUGGGCCAGGAGGCGCUGCUGGAGCAGAAGCAGAACGGGGUGUACAAGCGCUUCACCAUGUUCAUCCUGGAGGACCACGACACGGACAUGGACCUCUGGCCCUGGUGGGGGGAGCCCAUCUUCCGCAACGGCCGCUACGUGGGCAAGACCACCAGCAGCGCCUACAGCUACACCCUGGAGCGCCACGUCUGCCUCGGCUUCGUGCACAACUUCGACGAGAAGACGGGAGAGGAGCUGGUGGUGACCACUGACUUCAUCAACCAGGGGGAGUACGAGAUCGACAUCGCCGGGCAGCGCUUCCAGGCCAAGGCCAAGCUCUACCCCUUCAGCUCCCUCUUCACGCAGCGGCGCCGCAAGGACGAGGUGGAACUGAGCGGCUACCAGAGGGAGUAGUGUUCCCCCCCAACCCGCUCCUCGUCCCAGGCUGGAGCUUCUCCAUCCUCCAACCCUUUCUCCUCACCUCAUAUAUUUCUUUUCCUUUCUCGUCUUGCAACUUUUAACCUUUUUUCCAGUGUGUUACAUUUUGUAUAUUUUAAAACCUUCAUUUUCCACCUUUUUCCCCGCUCCUGUCCGUCCUCCUCCUUUUCAACCCUCGCCAGGCUCCCCCCGUGUCCCAGUGGACGAAGCACAGUGCUGGACG